AAAAAAAAAAUCCCGUUGAAGUUUUUCCCCCCACUUUUCUUUGCCGUGCCACCCAAAGCCUUGGAGCCUUUUACCGAGUCUCAGGGACGCUGGUAUCAGCUGCGUGGGUUGUGGUGGAGAGGAGGCCACAGAGCGCGUUUGUCUUCAAGGUGUUCCUAUAGACCUGCCGCGGCAUUGCAUUGGGACGUUGACUCUCUUCUACAAUGGGGGACGCUGUUUCCAGUCACCUGGAUGAAGCCAAGAAGGAGAUUAUCUCAGCCCGUACCAGGGUGGUAAUGACGGAGUUUGGACGUCUGUAUGGGCAGCAGUAUGCUGUAGCUCUCUUCAACAAAAUUCGCUUUGACAUAGAGGGAGGAGGUGGCCCACAGCCACAACUACUACAGCGCAAGAUUCCUUUGGAGAACAAAUCAAUCUUCUCCGGAUCACUGUUCCAGUGCUUAGAGGAGAACAAGAGAUGGAAGAACCGCUUCCUCUUUGUCCCCGACACCUACAACAUCAGCUAUUACGACAGCAAAGCAGCCUAUGACAAACAGCUCCCUCCCAAAGGAGCUAUUAACUGUGCUGGCUACAAAGUGCUGACCUCCAUGGAGCAGUACCUGGAUCUAAUCAGCAACAGCCUGCCUGGUGUGAAAGCCAAGGUGGGAAGCGCUCCCUUCCAAAAGUUUCCCUACCAGUUCCCUCUGAUACUGUGGCACCCGUAUGCCCGACACUACUACUUCUGCGUGGAGACCGAGAAGGAGCAGCAGAAGUGGCACGCUGUGCUGCAGGACUGUGUUAGGCACACAAACGACGGUUUGCCCGAGAACCACAAAGUCCAAACACCAGCUUUUACUGACACAAUCCGACUUUACCGCCAGGCUCAAGGGCAUUUUGGCACCUGGGAGAUGUUGUGUGGUGUACCAUCACAGAUCCUGUCUAACCUGGUGAUGGAGAGCCUCCUCCCUGAACUAAGGGAACUCAUCUCCCCUCGUCUCAAAGGCAAACUGCAUGAGAGGCAGAGGAACUGGAUGCUGAUUACAGAUGCAGUUUAUAGUAUGGUGCAGAGUCAGUGUCAGACCCAGUAUGAGGCUGCUGUGCACAAAUGUGAAGCAGCCCGCUCCUCUCUGGAAGCUUCCAUACGAACAGAUAUGGAUCAGAUCAUCACAUCCAAGGAGCAUGUCACCAACAAGAUUAAAGCGGUUGUUCUUCCCAAGGCUGAGAAGUUACUCAAGGUGAGCAUCCAGCCAUACAUCAGCUCCAUUCUAGAUGCCCUGAUGGAGCCCACCAGCCGAGGCUUUUUUGAAGUCCGUGAUGUUUUCUUCAGGGAGCUGGUGGACAUGAGCAAAAACACUCUUAAUAGUGGUACCAAGGAGGCUGUAGCACAGCACAUGGACAAGAUCUCCAUGCUGGCCUUCCACCCAGUGAAGAUGCAGAGCUGCUAUGAGAAGGUGGAGCUGCUGAGUCUGGAGGGCCUGCAGCAGCGCUUUGAUGUCUCCAGCCCCUCAGUGUUUGUUCAAAGGGCCCAGAUCCUCAUGAGAAAGCAAAUGGACGAUGCCGUGUACACGUUUGAACAGAUCCUUCACCAGAGUCUGGAAUCUCAGGGAACUGAAGAUCUCUGUAAGACCAUCCAGCGUUGUCAGGAUAGAGUCAUAAAGAAAUUUGACUAUGACAGCAGUACAGUGAGAAAACGUUUCUUCCGUGAGGCUCUCCUCCAGAUCUUCAUCCCCUACAUGCUGAAGCAGCUCGGUCCAUCCUGUGCCUCGGAGCUUCCUCGCUUCCGGGAGCUGAUCUUUGAGGACUUUUCCCGCUUCAUCCUGGUGGAGAACAUCUACGAAGAAGUGGUUCUGCACUCUGUGAUGAAGGACAUCAUGAUGGCUGUGAAGGAGGCAGCUGUCCAGCGGAGACACAACCUGUACAGGGACAGCAUUGUCCUUAGCAACAGUGACCCCAGCCUCCACCUGCUGGGAGAAAACCCAUCCAUUGACUGGGCAGAGAAGUAUGGAGGGACGCAGGGGGAAGGAGAGGAACCCCAGGAGGUUUCUGGGGUUGAUGGUGAACCCCAGAAGAGGAGAAGGGUAAAGCAGGUGGUGUCCAUGAUCCAAGUGGAAGGCUCCGGUGAGUUGUUCAAGGAGCCGCCUUCCAUUGAUGUAAUCCAGGAGGAGGCUGAUGGAACUGGGGAGGAGAAAGCCGAUGGUAAAGCCUCCUUUGACAGUUUGGGUAUUGGAGAUCCGGUCUGUUCAGAGAGCCCUCCAGACACAUCCAAUGGUUCAGCCUUAAAGGGAGAGGAAGCCAACCCAGAGGAGCUGAGUAGAGAAACGGGCCUUGUAAAGGUUGAAUCAGCUGUGGAAGGGGCCUCAGGUGAUGUAGAGGAGAAAAAGGGAGAAAACCCCCAGCCUGUGAUUGAAGAGGAGCUGUCCCCAAACAAGGAGUCGGAGGAGUUGCCUCCACCAUGUCCUGAGGAAGUGUUACCUGGAAGGUCUGAAGCAAUUCCAGAGAAGCCUUCAGACUUGUCCAGUGAUGUUGUUUUAGAGGAGGAGGAAGCUAAUGCAGAUCUGGUUAAAGAAAACAGUGCACUGAGUAAUCCCACUGUAGACGGUGUUUCAGUCGCAAAGGAGGAGCUUAAGGAAGUUUGUAAAGCAGGGGUUAAGGAGGAGGCACUGUGCAACCACAAGAAUGAGGAGGAGGGUCUGCCACUCCUUCCUCCGUCAGACGAAACACCAUCUGAAGCUACACAGACAACCCCAGAGAACCCCCCAGAAGUGUCCAAUGAUUCAUCGUUGAAAGAAGGUGAGGCAAAAGCAGAUGACCCAGAGGUCCAAGAGGUUCAACUGAAGGCUGAACCAGCUGGAGAGGGACCUUCGGUUAACAUACAGGGGGAGGGAAAGAGAGAAGACAACCAGCCAGUGUCAGAGGAGCUACCAGCCAUCAACCAGCAGGAGUCAGAUGAGACGGUGCCGGUGACAGCUCAACCCGCGGAAUCAACUCCAGACAACCCUGUACUCAUACAUAACGACAGCGGCUUCCAGUCUCCCACCAGUGAGGUGGCGAAGCAGGGGGAGGUGACUGCUACAUCCGACCCACAGGCCUAAGAGUACUUCCCUCUGGGGAAGGAGGCACAUGUAGCCUCAUCAGCGGACGCAGGGCACGGAACCUGUGACACUGAGAACCAGAAUCAGUGAUGAAAUGAUGUCAACAUGGAGCUCUCAGUCUGAACCCUGCUCCAUUUAAUUUCCUUUCCUUUUCUUUUUUUUUUUUUUUUUUUUUUUUAGCAGUAACCGACGUGGCGUUCUGAUGUAAUUGCCUUCAGUUGCCACAGCAGCGAUCACUCUGAGCGGCCUGUUUUCACUGAGCAUGUCUGAGUCAAGCGCCAAUUUCACAGCUUCUCAUUCACCAGGAAGACCCUCAGCUUUUACUCUACUCCUACCACACACUUCUUUUCUCUUCAUCUAAAAAAUACGAGCACAGUGAAUGAUCGGGUGUCUGAAGUGGUGUUGGAAACAAUGACCAGUUACUUGAACACUCCUAUAAAGGUGCCUUUGGUGAAAAGCUUGUUCAUGUAGCUUUUCGGUAGGUUUUAACAAACUGCUGUAGUCUUUAAAAAUCUGCUGCAGCUAGUGUCUUUUAUCAGUUGAUCUGAUGGUCUGUUAUUUUUUUUUUCUUUUGGGGGAGGGGGGGGGGAUCAGCAAGAUGACUAGCUCAGACCAAGUAGGAAUAAGUCCAGCAAUGAAUUAAACCGGUUCCAAUCAACCAGUCCUUGAUGGUUCCAGAGUGGAACAAUGAUAUGUAUUCAACCCACAGAUGAAUGAUGAGCAAGAGCUAAACAUGUUCUAGCCUGUCUGAGAAAACUAUUUCUGAGUUUCUGUCAUUGCAACCCUGAGCAUAUUAUGUAUAAAAGUUUGACUGGAACAGAGACCCACCUGUCACUUUUAUUCAUCUUUUUUUUAUCAUUUCAUGAUUUUUUUGCAGAAUUCUUCCUUUUCUGUUAUUUAUUAUUUUGCACUCUUUUCUUUUUUUUGACUAGAGUAUGUUUUAUGUAAUUGUCUCUUGUGUAAAUCAAAUCAAACUGUUAUUGAUAAUAAACCCUCAUCCAUUAAA